AUGACUAAAAUUAAUCAUCCAGUAAAAAUUGAAGCAGUUUAUCUUAUGUCUAUUAUUCCACACUUUAUUUCAUUGAAUAUGUUAAUGAGGUUUCACCAAGUUAGUCAUAAUUGUGGUGAAGCAAUAACACGACUAAAGGUUAAUCCAUGUUAUCAAGAACUAUCUUUAGAAACAAUCCUUCAAAAUGAUCAAUCAAUUCAUAUAAGAAAAGAGUUACAAGUUUUUACUGGAAUUGAUACUCUCCAUACUGAUAUUAAUACUUUACAACAACUACCACCAGAAUUAUUAGUUAAUGUAAAACUAUUUGAAAUUAGUUAUAUUCAAAAACAAUCACCUUCUUCCUAUCCUAUUUGGGAAACAAUUAAAGACCGAAUUUCUAGAUUAAUUCUGGAAGUUAGUUGUCUACCUUUAUUUGAUCUUCUUUCUUUACCUAGUUUACGUCGUUUAGAGAUUAGAGCAGGAAGAAAUAAUCUUACUGAAAAUUUACCUAUUAGAUCAAUGGAAUCUUUACAAACACUAGUUGUGUAUUGUGAUGGCUCACAAUUUAAGACAUAUUAUGAUUUAUUUGAACAGUUUGUAUGUAGUAAAGUAAGGGUUCUCUAUAAACUUAAUUGGGUCCAACCAAGUGAUUUUGAAGAUAUUUUGAGGUUACAGACUAGAAGUAUUAUUGGGAUUUAUUUAAAUGAACUUCCUCCAGAUAUUAACAAUUAUCUUUCAAGUAAAGUUGUAUUAUUAUAUUAUCAAAAGAAAGAAUUUAGAAUACCAAUUAGUAUUUUUAUUGAUCAACAAUUUCUUUCAUUGAUGAAGUUAUAUUAUCCAUCAAUGAUUGAUGUUCGUGGAGAUAUAGAAAAUGAAGAAAGUACUAUUAUAGAUCUUCAUGAAGAACAUCAACUAGAAGAACUAAUUUUCAAUUUUGUAACUACAAAAGAAAAGAUUUCAGUUAUUCUUCCUAAAGAAUUAAAGAAGUUAACUAUUAAUCAUGGUAAUUUCUUAAAAGAAGGAGGAUUAUUACAACUUCAAAACACACAAGUUCCUCGUGAAUGUUAUGCCUCAUACGGAGAUGCUGUUCCAAAAAAUGAUUAA